AUGGAGCCGUUUCCAGGUCUCCUAAUGCUCAAAACUGUUGAUAUUGUGGACUUCAAUGGUAGCUUUUUGGCUCGUAUGCGUGAUCUGGCCGGUGCGAAUCCCAUAAUAUUAGUCAUUACUAAGAUUGAUUUACUUCCCAAGGGGACUGAUUUUAAUUGCAUUGGUGAUGGGGUUGUAGAGGCCACUGUAAAGAAGAAGCUUAAUGUUUUGAGCAUUCAUCUGAUGAGUUCAAAGUCUUUGGUUGGAGUAGCUGGAGUUGCAUCAGAGAUUCAAAUGGAAAAAAAGGGGCGGGACGUGUAUGUUAUGGUGAGCUUCUUGAUGGGAACUCUGGAAGUUUACUUACUUAGUACUGAGUAUUGGUUUUGUCAAGGCUCCGCAAAUGUUGGGAAAUCAGCUUUUAUCAGUGCUUUACUGAGUAGGUUCAUUAGUUGA